AUGACGUUUACGAAAGUCCGGCGCAACCCAACAGGCGUUCUUUUAUAUAUGGCGAUGAUAUCAGUUAUUGGCACAGAAUUACAAGCUGUUCCUGUUCAACAGAACUGGGUGCGACUACCGGCCGUGGACACUUGUUACCUCCCUUUAACUGGAGGGAUCAUAACCACAGCACCAUCUUUAUCGCAUUGUUUGGUGUUUGGGUCGACCAGUCAAAGAAAGGUUGCUUCAUACGACGAGACAUCUGGCUUCUGCACGCUUCAUGAUCAGACAACUAUCGUCAGUACAUCCGGGGACGUCUACGUUCUAAGUCCCAGGGACUGUUCCGAUGUCGAUCCUACCUGUAGUUCAAACAUCCACCGUAUAACAACGAUCACGGGAAACAGUUUCGACGUGUUUUGUGACAUGGACACAGACAAUGGACAUUGGAAUGUGAUACACAAUCGACAAAGCAGCGACAUCGAUUUCUAUAGAAACUGGAACGAAUACAAAACCGGAUUUGGUGAUCUCAACGGAAACUUUUGGCUAGGAAAUGACAACAUCCAUUCAUUAGUCGCGUUUUCACCGUACAAACUCCGAAUUGAUUUGGAGGCCUGGGAUGGAACAGUAGGAAUCGCUGUGUACUCUGUGUUCCAGAUCGCUAGUGAAGCAGACAACUACAGACUCCUUGUCGAUGGUUUCUCGGGCGAUAUACGUGACGGUAUGGAGUAUGUAAAUGGGAGUAUGUUCAGCACGAAAGACCGUGACAACGACGACAAUGCAAACAUAGACUGUGCCCUUUACCGCCAUGGUGCCUGGUGGUACCGCGCGUGCUCACAUUCUAAUCUUAACGGCAAAUACAUGGAAGACAACGGAGACUCCAAGCAAUCCAUGUGUUGGAGGUUUUUCUUUGUCGACCGAUCACACGUGCCGAUGAAGAAAGCGCGGAUGGUGAUUAAAAGACGAUGA